AUGUAUGGUUUGACUGUGUGUGAAAGAAUUUGUGUGUGGUGUGUUCUGGAGUUUGGGAAUGUGUUUUGUGUUAUUCUGUCUGAGCAGGUAUUUGUGAUGAUAGAUCUUGAGAAGAUCUUUCCGACGCAACAAGAAUCGCUUCAAUCGGAGCAAGAAUGCGAAAGCUAUGAAGAUUCAAAGUUCAUGAGCUUGCGUUACAAUUGCGGCGGUUACAAAGUGAAGUUGUGGGGUGACUUUAUAUGGAGUUGGGACCUUUGGGGUUGGGGAAACUUGUCACUCUACUGUAACAGCUGCAAAUUGGUUGGGAACAACCAAGCUAGGUUGGCAAGGGUGGCCAACUUGGAUGGAUUGGUUGGGAAGGGACAAAUGUCAAAGUUUGGGUUCCUAUAGGGAGGGAAUCUUUGUGCUUAUGGGGUUUCCUUGGUUGGGGACUCUCUUGGGACCUCCCCUCUCAUCCCUCUCUUCCUAUCCCAACCUUUCUCUUGCUCCUUCUAAUUCCUUGCACAAGUAUGGACCUGAAGGGGAGCUGACCCGCUACAAGUCUAGGCUUGUGGCACGGGGGUUUCAGCAGACAAAGGGGAAGGACUAUGAUGAGGUGUUUGCUCCUGUGGGGAAAGGAACAACACUGAGGGUGCUGUUGGCGAUAGCUGCACUCCUGGGAUGGAAGAUACGGCAGAUGGACAUUGUGACUGCCUUUCUGAAUGGGAUCAUUCUGGAGGAGGUGUACAUGAAACAGCCAGAGGGGCUGGAUGACGGGAGCGGCAGGGUCUGCAGGCUGAAGAAGGCCAUCUAUGGCCUUAAGCAGGCGCCUCGUGCAUGGUAUCACAAGUUGGAGGAGGCGCUGUUGGCUGGGGGUUUCAAGAAGAUGGUAUGGCUGAGGCGUUUGUUGGAGGAGUUGGGAGUUGGUCAGGAGGAGCCGACAGUUGUGUUCUGUGACAAUGAGUCUGCAGUGAAGCUGGCCAAGAAUGCUUGUCUGCAUGGGCUGACAAAACACAUAAGGCCUAAGUGGCAUUGGGUGAGGAGAAUCCUUGAUAAGGAGGUGCGGCUGGAGAUAGUGAAGACCCAUCAGCAGGCAGCAGAUAUUUUCACUAAGCGUCUUGCGGAGGCGGAUCAUUGGAAGGGCAUGAAGCUUGCUGGGAUGAGUGUGCAUUGAGUAUGCAUGCUUGAGAUGUGGUAUGGUCGAUGAUGGUUGGCAGCCAGAGGGGGAGAUUGUUGUGUGAUGUCAUCAUAUGCUAUCACAUUCUGUCUGCCUCUCAUCUCUUGUUUCAAUUCGUAUGUAUGGUUUGACUGUGUGUGAAAGAAUUUGUGUGUGGUGUGUUCUGGAGUUUGGGAAUGUGUUUUGUGUUAUUCUGUCUGAGCAGGUAUUUGUGAUGAUAGAUCUUGAGAAGAUCUUUCCGACGCAACAAGAAUCGCUUCAAUCGGAGCAAGAAUGCGAAAGCUAUGAAGAUUCAAAGUUCAUGAGCUUGCGUUACAAUUGCGGCGGUUACAAAGUGAAGUUGUGGGGUGACUUUAUAUGGAGUUGGGACCUUUGGGGUUGGGGAAACUUGUCACUCUACUGUAACAGCUGCAAAUUGGUUGGGAACAACCAAGCUAGGUUGGCAAGGGUGGCCAACUUGGAUGGAUUGGUUGGGAAGGGACAAAUGUCAAAGUUUGGGUUCCUAUAGGGAGGGAAUCUUUGUGCUUAUGGGGUUUCCUUGGUUGGGGACUCUCUUGGGACCUCCCCUCUCAUCCCUCUCUUCCUAUCCCAACCUUUCUCUUGCUCCUUCUAAUUCCUUGUGAGAUUCUUGAACUUUGAUUGAACCUUUGAGAUUGA